CCCGUUGUCUGAAUCUCUCUCUCGCUCUACUUCCACUUCCACAAGGUCCAAAGCUGAAAGCACAAUGGCGCUCUCCCGUCCCCUUCUUCCAAAACCAGGCCUUCAGCUUCAUUUGCGCAAGAUAGGGCAAUCGUCAAAAAGAUGGUGUUCUUCUUCAUCGCCUUUAUCAAGCGGAGGGACAGAGCAGUCAUCACAUCCAAAGGAGGCGGCGAGGGAGCAGAGGGCAGUGGCUACGGAACCGGACGUGAAGAAAUGUCGAGUCCAUGAAGCAUGGACAUGCUGCAGGGGUGGAAUCUUCAAGUAUCAAACAUGGUCAGGGCACUAUAUGCACCUGACAUGUCUCAGAUAUGUAUUCUUAUGCAUCCAAAUAGAAGUUACUAAUUUUGGGCUGGACAUGGGUUGGAUACGACUUGAAAACACCAUGGACCCGGUCCGGACACAUCAAACACAGAUUUGUCACUUCAUGUCAGGAAACGGAACAAAUAUGGAAAUGCAACCAGGUCUCUUACCAAAAGCAACACAACUUCGAAACAGAGUCGGGGGAUCAUGGAACGCUAUGAAACGCAUUUUUACUAAUUUAAAGGUAAAGAUGCUGUGGAAUCAAGUCACCAGCGAAACAUCAGAUUCUGCCGCUGAUAAGCCAGCAUUAAAGGUUCCCAUACCACAGAACAGUUCACGUAAUACUGAAUUUGGUGAGCCGGAAAGUAAACUUCAGACAUCUGAAACUAUAGUGGAUUCUAAAAUUAGCAAGGAGAGGAUUUCAACAAGUGUAGAAUCCCAUUUAAUUGGAGAAAGCUCUUCCAGGGAUGUGGCUGAUGCAACAGCUUCUGAGACUAACAAUACUAGUAGUUGGCCAACAAGAACUGAGCCUGGGGACCCUGAAAGUAUAGUUAGAUCAUCAGGAGCCAUAAGUGGGCUAUCACAUAUGCGGGGUGAAAUUGCUUCUGAAGAUUUGGUAAACAUGACAGCUCCUGAGGUUAGUAAGGUGCAUAUUAGUCCAAAUAAUUUUAAAUUAAGUGAGACAGGAAGUGCAGUUCAAUCAUCAGAAGCAUUUACAGAUUCUCAAGUUUAUGAGAAAAAUUAUUCAGUAAAUGCAUCUUCCAAUAAAAUGAGGGAAAACUCUUCAGGUGAUCAAGCGGAAGGUGAGCUUGAAAAUGGGCACAGGCUGCUUGAGGGACUAUCCAGCAUACUAGGGGACAUAAAUCAAAACUCAGAGCCUGAGCACCUUACUUGCUCCCAUCUGUUACCAGACGAAGCAUCUAGAACAUUGCAAAAAAAUGGUGCAGAUGGAGUGACUUUUGGAGAUAGAAGUCGUCAGCAUGACAAGAAAUCUGCCACUUUUGUUCAAAUACCAGAUGCCAACUCUGAUUUGGGUGAAGUUGAUACAUCUAAUGGUGCCCCCAAGGUCACAGGCUUGCCACACUUGUUUAUAAAGAUGAAGAACGGCCAAUCAGCAGGAGAAAUGCCUUGUAAACAGAGCAAUUUUUUAACACCCAAUGCAUUUUCGGAAUAUUCAGAUGAAACAUUAGGGGAAGAUGGACCAAAAGGUUUUGAUAUUAAAGGUCUAAUUGACUGCAUCAAGGAGCUGCCUAGAGAUCGAUCAGUUGUUAAAUCUCAUGACAGUUCUAUCUGCAGUAAUACUAAGCAAGUCAGUAGUAGAGGCUUAGUUAAAAGGACAGAACCUGGGGUUGAUUUGCAAGAUUGCGAUGCUAAAAAUAGACGAGCUUUGUUGAAAAGCCAUGUUAUGGGCAAAGAAAGUAAAAUGUUGAAUGAGACUGAAGAAGUGCCAUGUAUGGAUAUUCCAUUCGGGACACAUAGUGAGUUGUGUGAGGAUGAGCAGGAUGGCAGUGUGGAUUUUGCAGCCUCUAAUGACACAGCGUCAAAUCCAAUUCCACUGGUUCCUGUUCUAGCUAACACAGAAGACCUAGAUAAUAUCCCAGCAACAGACUCAACAAAAGAAAGAUCCAUAGAGAACAAAGUAUUGGUUAGAUUUUUAAUGACGAAACUGGAUAACACUUAUAUUAUGUCUGCAUUUAAGGAUUGUGGGUCCAUUGCAAAGAUACAAAAACUUCCCUCUGUUCAAGGGAGCAUCUUUGAAGAUGCCUACGUGCAUUUUAAGACAAGGAAAGCAUUGCAGAAAGCUCUCAAGAAAACUGAUCUGAUGGUAAAUUAUGAAGAUGUGAUUGUGGAAGCAACUUCUUUUAUGGAAGAUGCCCCUACUAGGAUUCCCAUUCCUGAGCUAAUUGGUGAUCCUGACGUUCCUGCUGCAUUGAUUAGGAAUCCCAUCAGAACAGCGAAAAUUAAACAAUUGACUCAUGAUAUUAGCUCAUGUCAGCUGCAAGAAGCUCUUGCUUUCUGCAAAAGUGGCAUAUCCAGCUUUUCCUUGGGUUCCUCAAAUUCUGUUGCUUACGUAGAAUUUGAGACUGAAGACGCCAAAGAGAGGGCAAUUGCAAAACAUUCCAUAUGUGUGUCGGGGAAGAAGCUAUUGGUCUUUAGAAUUGAUGCACCAAGGACGACAGUGGUACGCAUUUCGAACAUUAACGGCACAAAUCCGAGGAUGGAGACCAUAUGCAAUUCUUUUGGGGUGGUCAAGAACGUAUUAAAGAGACAUGAGGGAACCGUUGAUGUGCAUUUCAAGCUCUGUGAAUGGCCUAACAUGUUAAGCAUUCUCAACAGUUUGAAUGGAAAGGUAGUAGAUGGCCACCAAUGGGUUGCUCAGCCUGCUCCUGUAUUUCCACCAGAAGUCCUCCAGGCCCUGUGGAGUCAGCCGGACGGAAGAAAACAUGUCAUAGCAGCUAUUCACAGUUUACUGCAAAACCUUGGAGGUCCUAUAGAUAUGGUUGAACUCACUGAUCUUACAGCCAGAUAUUAUGGUGAUGGACAGACUGAUUAGUCGUUGCAAAUUUUGAUAUAGUUUAUAAAGGUGGCUAACAAUGUUGCGUGGACAAAAAUUCAUUUUCAUUAGAAUUUUUCCUCGUUAAUUUAGAUUUAGAUAUAGCAGAUUAAUGCUGACGUACCCCUCACAGUUGCUUUAGCAAAUCAUGUGUGUAAAGCUGCACAAAGUAUUAUAUUGGAACGAUUAUGGCAAUUGAAAGAUUUACUGAUUAUUUAGAAA